AUGACCCAACAUAUACUGGACGCCAGCGAGGAGGCACUCUGCUAUCAACUCAUCUUCUACAAUAUUUCUUGGACCGACAAUCGUCCGGAUUUCAUUGUCAACAUGACAUUUGACGACCCGGGCAGCAUACGUUCGGAAACGACGGUUAAUCGGGAGAUAGCAUAUCCGGUUUCGAAAUUUCGCAUUGUGGUGCGUGAGGACAAGCGUUCGUCGACUCUGUACAAUGUAACGGCACGAAUGUGUGAUUUGGUCUCGACAUUUAGUAAAGUACCGCUGGUCAAGCAAGGCUAUAUAACCGCCGUGAAACAGAGCAAUAUGUCCUUUGAUUGUCCCCUCAAGCCGGGUUUCUAUGUCAUGGGCAAUAUACGAAUUGGUAGCCGUAACCCAGUUGUAUCGUUCCUCUAUCGCCCCAAAGUUGUCUAUUUGAUAACCGGAGGCAUGUAUGAGGAGCUGAAGAAUAAAUCACUUAUCCCGUUGACCACAUAUAAGAUUAGUGUUAAAAUUGUGAAAAAACCAUGUAAAGAAUGA